GGAAGCGGAGCCGUCCCGUCCCGUCAUGGCGAGCCAGUGCAUGGUGCUGGUGCGGCGGGCUGUGCCGGCGGUGGCCCUCUCUGUCCGGGCUUCCCCACGGCUGCUCUGCACGGCCACAAAACAGAAAAACAGCGGGCAGCAUUUGGAAGAGGACUCAAACCCCAGCGAACAGAAGCCCGAACCCGGCUCCGCGGAGAAGGCGCUCAUCGAAGAGAAGGUCAAGCUAGAAGAACAGCUCAGAGAAACGGUGGAGAAGUAUAAGCGGGCUCUGGCGGACACCGAGAAUUUGCGACAGAGGAGCCAGAAGAUGGUAGACGAGGCCAAACUGUACGGCAUCCAGGGUUUCUGCAAGGACUUAUUAGAAGUCGCCGACAUUUUGGAGAAGGCGACCGAGAGCGUUCCCCAAGAGGCAAUUAAGGAGGAGAACCCUCACUUGAAAAGCCUGUACGAGGGCCUCGUGAUGACCGAGGUGCAGAUCCAGAAGGUGUUCCGGAAGCACGGCCUGCUGAAGCUCAACCCGGUGGGGGCCCGGUUCGACCCGUACGAACACGAAGCCCUGUUCCACACGCCGGUGGAGGGCAGGGAGCCCGGCACGGUGGCCCUGGUCACCAAAGCCGGGUACAAACUGCACGGGCGAACCCUGAGACCCGCCUUAGUCGGGGUGGCCAAGGAGGCGUAGCGGCCGGCCGGCCUCCCCUCCGGCCGGGCACCCUUCUCCGCCGCCGCUCCCCACCGGACUUGGGAAAGCGAGUCACUCGGGGAGGGGAAAACCCGCGCGGUGAUUUAUUUUCUUUUUUUUGGAUCGCACACCACGGAAGAGCGAGCCGAGCGGCGGCUCCUCUUGCCCCCCGCCGUCCCAGAUGAUCCCUUGUCACCCCGUCACGACGCAGGGGGGUGGGAGACGAAAAUCAAUAAAAAUCAUCUCGGGCUCCGACGGCGCGGUUCCUCGGCGA